CCUGCCUUGGGUGGAAUACGCCCACAACACCCUCGUCUCAUCAGCGACCGGUCGGUCUCCUUUCAUGGCAGCAUAUGGUUAUCAACCUCCUCUGUUUCCUUCUCAGGAGGGUCAGGUGGAACUCCCUUCCAUACAGCUGCAUCUACGACGGGCCCAUCGCGUAUGGAAGGAGACCAGAGCAGCACUGUCACGCACGGCUCAGCGGAACCGGCAGAUCGCUGACCGUCGCCGACGCCCAGCACCCAGCUAUCAGGUGGGACAGAAGGUGUGGCUGGCAACUAAGGAUCUACGACUCGCAGGUACAUCUCGCAAGUUGGGGCCACGCUUCACUGGACCGUUCGAGGUGGAAUCGGUCCUCAGCCCCGUCUCCGUCAAGCUCCGACUGCCGCCCAACAUGAAGGUCCACCCCGUGUUCCACGUUUCCCUGUUGAAGCCGGUGGCCACCAGUCCCCUGGCUCCUCCGCCCACGUCGCCGCCUCCUCCACAAAUCGUUGACGGUGAACCAGUGUACACCGUGCGUGAAAUCUUGGACUCUCGGCGCAGGGGUAGGGGUUUUCAGUAUUUGGUUGACUGGGAAGGCCACGGCCCAGAGGAUCGGCAGUGGGUCCCCGGCUCCUGGAUCUUAGACCCGUCCCUGCUUCGGGCAUUCCAUGCAGCGCACCCGUCGAAGCCGGGUGGUCCGCCAGGAGGCGUCCGUUGAGGGGGGGGUACUGUCACAUUUCGGUUUUUCGAUCUGGCCAGCAGGUGGCAGGAGCGGU